GCCGCCGGACCCGGGCCAACCAAGCAGCAGCUUCAGCGGGCGAAUCGGAGAAGCGGCCGCGGCGGGACCGCGACUCGAGCCGCCAACGCGUUGGAAAGGCGAGCUUUCCCCACGCGGCCUUCGCCGCAGCGCUUGGGCAGCCAGCAGACGCGCAACGCGUCAUAGAGCAAGCAGGACAGAGAGCUCAGGAGGUAGAGCGCGCGGCCGCGCAGGACCUAGAGCAGUUCGCAGCAGAGCAAGCCGCAGCAGAAACCGCGGAGAUCACGCCUCUGAUUGCCGAAGCCGGCGCAGCAGGCGAAGCUGCGGCAGGAGCCGCAGCAGGAGCAGGGGCGUUGGAAGCUUUGGGCGGCAUAGCCGGAGCUGGAGGGGCCCUGGCAAGCGGCGCGGGCAGAUCCGAAGCCGGCACGCAGACGGCGCCGCCGAGCGGAAGCAGGAUAGCAGCUUUGACCGGCGGAGCUUUGGAAGGAGCCAGGGCUGGCGCCUCUGCAUUCCCCGCGGCACGCAACGUCGGCAGGGUAGCGGGCGGAGCAGUGGGCUUUGGCGCCGCAACGCUGGGUCUGGGCUUGGGAGUUAUGGGCGGAGCAUACGAAGGGGCCAGAUACUUUAUGGGUGGCGGCAACGGAGGCGACGCCGCCGUUUCAUCGGAGGAUCAAGCGCGAGACAUCCGAACCCUGAACAACAUGCAGCAAGGCACGCCUCAGCGGCAGAUCAGUCUGCGAGCGCCCCGAGUCCAGCAACCCAUGGUGUCCAGAAUGGACGCCGACUCGGACGACGCCCCAAUGGCGCAGCAGCAAAGCCAGCCCAGGCCACAGGUGCAAUCCAGACCCACGCCCCUUCGGCCUGGGAGGCGGAUCAUUGCCAGCAACGUCCUCAAGCAGCAGCGGCGAAAGCAGACCCAGACCGCAAAGGCAGAGCGGGAUACCGGAGCCCUCCUUCAACGAUCUUCGCAGGCGGGCACUGGAGCCCGAGGCGGCGUGAUCUGCUUGGUUGUCACGAACGCCGUCAACGAUGAGCUCAUGCAAUCUUUGGACUAUAAGAUGCGUACUUCAAACGCAUCCUACGUGAUAUCUCGCAAAGAUGUGCAAUAUUUUCCAAGCUCCCUCAGCACCAUCACGCCCACGACCUCGCGAGUGGUUCGGGCGCCCCUGACUUCUGGCUCAGAUUUUAUUGACCCUGAGAGCAUCAAGGCGGCAUUCCGCUUCGUCAACAACGACGCCACCAACGACUUCCACCCAGUGAUGGGCCACCCGGCGUGCCUGAUCAAAAGAAUCCAGCUGUUUGCCAACGGGCAGCGCACGGACGACAUAGACAACUACGGCAGAACGGUGCACCUGUACACGCUGCUGAAGCCACGCGAGUGGUGGAUCAACCAGGCCAACGAGGGCUUUGAAAUCAACGACGUGGGCGAGUUCCCCUUUGCCCUGCCCACGAGUCACUUCCAGGAAGUGCUCAUGGCGCCCACCCUGGUCGGAUUGCUGGGGUGUGGCAAAAUGUUGCCACCUCAAUUGAACCUUGUGCUCGAGAUUGAGUUUGCUGAUGCCGCAGACGCUAUCCGUGGAGGUCAGAACAGCUCCGUCGACUACAGCAUCCAAAACCUCAGAAUCCUGGCCUCGCAGGUCACCUUGGACAGCGCUCUGGUGGAAAGCUUCAACCGGGUCCUGCUGAGCGGGCGCAGCCUCGUGUUCUCGUAUCCCACGGUCCACACGCAGGUGACAAGCGUGCCUGCCGGUUCCACGGAGUUCAACGUCACCGUCGCUCGCGCCUGCUCCAAGUUGCUGGGCGCCUUCGUGACCUUCAGGACACACGGCGCGCAGGAGGGCAUCACGGACCUGGAGCAUCCAGGCACUCAGGCCAACGGCACCUCCUUCCUGGAGUCGCAGAUGCAGCUUGGUCCGCUCCAAUACCCACACUAUCCCGCCAAGGACUUCGCUGAGCACCACCACUUCCUUCAAAUUCUGGCGCACACGUACGACUCAACAUUCCGAAACAUGCGCCUGACGAAGGGCGACUACCAGGGCAGCUCCUUCAUAGCGGCGUAUCCGGUGGAAAGGGUGCCGGGCAUGCCCCUGAGCGGCAUCAGCACCAGGGCGGGUGGUCACUCUCAGCGGCUCGGGGGCGUCGGUCCUCGAUUAACGCCGCUCGCUGGUAGGAAAACUGAUAACAUGAGUUUGUUCGAAAGCAGCAUAACCGGGAACAUUUUGAACGACGGUGCAACCACGGAGAUCAGCGGCAUUACUGCUGGGCAGCUUGCUACGGUUUUGCAAGCUUACACUCCGUUGACUGACACGGCCGCCAACACCGCCUCCAUCUCAGCCAACACCACAGGAGUUGCAAACAACGCGGCGGCUAUCGCAGCGUUGCAGACGCAGGUAGGUGGCUUGCCCGCGUCGCCUGACCUGAGUCCUUACGCUUUGGCCACCGACUUGGCGGCGGCAGAAGGCCUCAUAGCUGCCAACGCCAGCGGCAUCACUGCGUUGAACACGAGACUCACCACGGGCUUGGCGGGCAAAGUCAACCAAAGCGCUUUGGAUGCCCUGCAACUGGAGGUGGACGGCAAGUCCACUCCUGCAAGCGUGGACACCAAGCUCCAGGCUUACUCGACAACCGCAGCCAUGAACUCUGCGAUCGCCAGCGCAAACAACGCAACUUUGGCCUCCGUGGCAAGCACUUAUGCCUUGCGAACGGUCACCGACCAGCUUGCCCUGGAUCUGGCUGCCAAGCAGUCCAGCCUGGACGUUGACACCAAGAUCGCAAACGCGCUGCUGGACAAGCCCAGCACCACGGAUCUGAACACCACAGUUGCUCUAAGGACCACGCCUGCGGAUGUUGAUCAAAAGGUAACCACGGCUCUGCUAACCUACGUCACCCAAGUCGCUUUGGACGCCGCUUUGGCUCUGCGAGAUGGCAGACUAGACGCAGCUGAGGGGUCCAUCGCCGCGCUGCAGGCUGCCGGGUACCAAACUGCGGCUCAAGUUGCAAGCGCAAUCGCUACUGCACUUCUGCCUUACACUGACACCACGGGGCUUAACUCGCUGCUUGCCGUGCACGACGGUAGACUUGACUCUGCUGAAACUUCCCUAGCAGCGCUGCAGGCUGCCGGGCACCAGACUUCUGCUCAGGUCGCCGGAGCCAUCGCAUCCGCGCUUCUGCCUUACGUGCAGCAAACAGGGCUGGACGCCGCUUUGGCUAUCAGAGACGCCAGGCUUGACGGGCACGACGCUGACAUCCUGACCUUGCAGUCUGCGGGCCCCUUUGCGACUUCUGCAGACCUUACUGCUGCGGAAACGAGCCUGCAGUCGGCCAUCGACGCCAUCCUGGCGCAAUUGGCCGUCCUCAAUUCAGGCGGCGGCAGCAAUCUCGCUAACGCGCAACCCUGGCCUGGCGAAAUCACGUGGGACUUGCUCCUGGGAACCAACACCCUGCGCAAUCUCCAUUUCAACGCACCGCUCAGCGUCAGCCUGCAGAACGACAACUUUACGUUGAGCUUGGCCUGCGACGCUUAUAGCAUUGCCCAAGCCGAUGCCGCGAUUGCAGCCGCCUUGGUCCCUUACGAGACUGCUGCGCAGCGAGACGCCGCCAUUGCCGCAGCUCUGGCUCCUUAUGAGACGGCAGCUCAACGAGAUGCCGCUAUUGCAGCAGCUCUGGCGCCAUAUUGGACGCAGGCGCAAACCCAGGCCGCCAUAGACGCGGCUGUGGGCGCUGUGGACCUUUCCGGGUACUAUACCUCGGCACAGACGGACGCUGCCAUCACGUCUGCUUUGGUGCCGGUGACUUUGUCCAACGCACCUGCUUGGACGGGCACUUGGGAGCUGCUCAAGGGCAGCAACGUGAUCAGAAACCUGCACUUUGCGGGACCCCUCAGUGCCAGCCUGCAGAACAACGCAGACACGUUGGAGAUUGACUGCGAUAGUUAUGAAAAAGCCGAAACUUUCACCCAGGCAGAGGUCAACAGCGUGGUGUCUGGAGCCGUAGAUGCGUUGAACAUCGCCCAGUACCGAACGGAGAGCCAGGUGAACCAGGCGAUCACGGACGCCCUGGUGCCCUACGCAACAGACGCGGACAUUUCUGCGACGACGGCUGGGCUGCUCACCCAUGCGCAAGGAGAUGCCAGAUACUUCGCAACUAGCGCCUCCCUGGGCGGCGUGUCCAUAGUGCGCAGCAACGUGACGCCGCCUCAGAUUCGCGCCAUGACGGUUGCUUCGGGCACGCCGCUGUCGAUAAGCGCCAUUCUCUCGGGCACGAUCAUCGAGUUGGGAUGCAACGCCUACACCCGCCAGGAAGCGGACACGAGAUACGUGAGGACGGGCACCUACACCACGACGCUGGACCCAAGAUACCUCGUCCAGAAUGCNNCUUUGAGCUGGCAGAACAUCCUGUCGGGCACCGUCACGGAGCUCCUGUGCGACGCCUACAGCAAGUCGGAGAGCGACGGCAAGUACGCCCUGGCGACCGAUGUUUCGAGCAUUGACACCAGAGUAACCGCGCUCGAGGCCAGCGGCGGCGGCGUGCCUGACCCUCUGACCAUUGGGGAGGUUCGAGGAGACGGCGCCUCGUUGAUACUGCGGGCUGGCAGCAGCACGGUCAACGUGGUGGCCCAGGACAGCACGCCCCUGGCAACAUUCAGCACCCCACCGAGAAUGAGGGUAGACACGGAAAUCUACAUUGAUGAUGCUACGGGGACUGCCGCAGGCCUGCAGACCAACGCGGUGUCCGCCAGAGCUGGUGAUCCAUUGCUGACCUUGACAGGCGGCUCAGCAGGCGCGCGGUCAGCGGGCGCGCUGGAGAUCACAGGCAUCACCACCGGCACGGAGGCGGUCUUCCCCACCAGCGUGGCCACUGGGCAGCUCCAGCCUUCGCCCAGCACCAAUGCGCACAUGCGCAUCUUCACCGGGGCCACAGGAUUGGAGGUCUCCGAUCAGUCCCUGAACCCCCUGCUGCAGGUGGAAGACGACGAGACGAAGAGUUUGAGCAGGGUGCUGUCCGUGACCAGGUCGGCCUCAACCGCGGCAGUUGGUCUUGUGGUCAAGAACACGGCCUCGAUAGGAACCGCCAGGGUGCAGCUGGACUCCAACAACGCAACCGGACUCGCGAAGCUCGAGGUCUCCUCAGCCAGCGGCUGCAUCUUGGAGGCGCCUGGUCAAGAGAUAGGGCUCCAGAACCGCGUGAGCGGGCAGGCGCCCCUGAUUGUGGAAAUAAGUGGGGUGAUCACGACUGCUUAUGGUCAGAACGAUUUGUCGGACGCCAAGAUCAAGGAGAACAUCAGGGACGUGGAUGUGGAGGAGAUGCAGAGCAUCUUCGACCGGGCGAUGCCCAAGCGAUAUGACCGAAUAGAUACUGAUCUCAAGGGACAGCUCGGAUUUCUCGCGCAGGAUUUUGAGGGCACCGGCGUUACGGGAAAGGUAGAGGCGCUGGAAAGCAGAGGCAAGAAGCCUAAGCGCCUGGGCCUGCGAGUCAAGACUCUGCUGUAUUCGGUGCAAACGGGGGAAGCCCAGAUCAUGUCAAAGUGGCCCGGGGCGAAUGUGAGCAGCGGCUCCCAAGAACGGAUGUCGGCGCAGAUGGUCGGGUUGGCUUUCGGGUCGAGAUCAAGCGAGGUGACUUCCCACCCCAGUUCCGCGAAGGCUCGGCCCAUCGACCCAGUCCCCGAGAAUAGCUCCAGCAAGCGGCACAUCGGGGUUUUCCAUGUCAGGCUGCAGAGCCAGCCACAUCAGCGCUACGAACGCCGCGCACCCGCAGGCCAGCUCGAGGUUGCACAAAACGAACUGUUUGUGGGAGACUCGAGCAUGCUUGGUGCAAAGCAACGCCAAAAGUUUCUGCCGAUCAAGGGCAAGGAGGGCGACGCCCCCGUCCUUUGCGCGAAGCAGCGCGCUGCCGUCGUGUGGGAACCCUCGGCAUACGUCGAAGGGGACCGGGUCAACGUCUGCCUCGAAGCUACCCAGGAGCUCGCAGAAGCGGUUGCGAAAUGGGAAUCUGCAGCGGUGCGGCUGGCGGACGCCGCGCCCAUGUUCGGCAAGCCUUUAAGCCCGGCCCAGAUGCAAGACCGCUUCCAGUCGUGCUUGAAGACGUCGCCUCAAGGCCUCACAUUUGUAAAGCUCAAGGCCACGAUGCGCAACGUUCGCUUCUGGAACGCGGAGGGGAAGCGAACCGAGGCGCCAUCAAGCCUGCGAGGGCGAAAGAUCCUGGCAGCCUUUCAGGCUCGGCAGGUUUGGAUGAUGAAUCAGCAGUUCGGGCUGGUUUUGGAGCUGCGCGACUGCAAGCUGGACGAGGAGACUGAGUUCGCCUGCCCACAAUGA